AUGUUCAAGAAAUUCAAAGACAAGCUCAAGGAAGAUGGUGACCGAGCACUAGCCUGGACAAACACAAACCCUCUAUGGCCGCCGCAGAACCUGACACCAGCGACUCACGCCGCGAUUCAAAAUGGACAACUCGCCCUUCUCAAAGCACCUUCAUAUCUCGGGGACCUCCUCCCUCAACCCGAAGCUGGACACUGGCGAUGCCGCACGCACGCCAACUGCAGAGACUCGAGCAUCAUGACGAACCUACCCAUGUACUCUGUGUACUGGGACUCUCCGCUCAACACCCAACGCCCCAAGACCAUCUACUUCGAGCUCAAAGUCACCGGCAUAGGUCGUGGAGGCUCGUCGCUUGAAGAAGCAGAUGCGGGCAUCGCGGUCGGCUUUGUCGCACCUCCCUACCCAACCUUUCGUCUUCCGGGCUGGGAGCGCGCAAGCUUGGGUGUUCACGGCGACGAUGGGCGGAAGUACGUCAACGAUCCUUGGGGCGGCGUGGACUUCACGACUGCAUUUGCGCCGGGAGAGAUUGUGGGUAUAGGCAUCACGUACUCUGUGCCUAAGAAUCCGCCGAGUUACGAGCAGACGCAGCAGGGACGCUUGAUGGACAUUGACGUUUUCUUCACGCGCAAUGGAAAGAAAGAGGGUGGAUGGGAUGGGAAUGAGGAGCUCGAUGUGAGGAGCGAGGGGGGCAAUACGGGUCUGAGGGGCGAGUGUGAUCUGUUUCCUGCUAUCGGUGUGUUUGGAGGCGUGGAUUUCGAUGUCUUCUUUCAUCCUUCGCAGUGGCUGUAUAGGCCGUGGUGA